AUGAAAAUCUUGAAACCCGACCCGAAUCUUGCCGAUUUUAUCGAACUCGAGUGCUCAAGGAAGUCAUGGCAAGGGAUUAUUAUGCGAUUAUGGCCGAACACAAAGUAUGUCGACGUUAUCGUUACCGGGUCCAUGGCUCAGUAUAUACCAACCCUUGAUUACUAUAGCAAUAAACUCCCUCUUGUGUGCACAAUGUAUGCAUCUUCUGAGUGUUAUUUUGGGGUUAAUUUGAACCCACUUUGUAGCCCUAGUGAGGUUGCGUACACACUCAUUCCCACCAUGGCAUAUUUCGAGUUCCUACCUGUUCAUCGCAACAAUGGCGUGAGCACCACGAAAGGUGAGAAAGAGAGGCAACAACUUGUCGAUCUCGCAGACGUUAAACUCGGUCAAGAAUAUGAACUCGUUGUCACCACUUAUGCAGGUCUUUACAGGUAUCGAGUUGGUGAUAUUCUUAGAGUCGUUGGAUUUAAGAACAAAGCACCUCAAUUCAGUUUCAUUUGUCGAAAGAAUGUGGCAUUGAGUAUUGAUUCAGACAAGACUGACGAAGUGGAGCUACACAAAGCAGUGGAGAACGCGGUUAGCCACAUGGUCCCAUUUGGUGCGACAUUGACCGAGUACACGAGCUAUGCUGACACAACCACGAUCCCUGGUCACUAUGUGAUCUUUUGGGAGGUUAGCCAAAAUGGGUUAACUCAGGUUCCAGCUUCGGUGUUUGAAGAUUCUUGUCUCACGAUUGAAGAGUCGUUGAACAGUGUUUAUAGGCAAGGGCGAGCUUCAGAUAAGUCCAUAGGAGCAUUGGAGAUCAAGAUUGUUGAAAACGGGACGUUUGAUAAAUUGAUGGAUUAUGCUAUAAGUUUAGGUGCUUCGAUUAAUCAGUACAAGACUCCGAGGUGUGUAAAGUUUGAGCCGAUUAUAAAACUGUUAAACUCGAGGGUUGUGUCGAGUUAUAUAAGCCCAAAGUGUCCAAAAUGGUUUCCGGGGCAAAAGCAAUGGAGUAAUGUUCAUUGAUUAUGAAUGUGGAUGGACUUGAUUAUAGGUAGGAGUUUAAGAAAAGAAAAAAAAAGAUGUUGGUUUAUAUCAUUUAACAUCUUUAAAUGUUAUGGUAGUAUUUUCAAGUAAGGUAUGUACAAAAACAAUUUGGGAAUCGAA